GCCGAAGCCGGCCACCACGUGCCGACUACGCUACUUUAACCGCACUACACUUCCUCAUGCCGUUGUGAUGAGCAGAGUAUAAGCCAGACCGCCCUUCUUUUGACGUGCUGAUGGAAAGAAAGUGAAGGCUCGAAAGAAGAAAAGUCAUUGGUCACGAGGAUCUGGUGAUACGGCUUAUACAUUUCUUACUCAGAAGAGAUAUUCAAGAUGAAGUUCGAGGAGGUGCAGAAGCACAACUCCCGCAGCUCAUGCUGGGUUGUCAUUGCCGGACAGGCCUAUGAUGUUACAGACUUUCUCAAUGAGCAUCCAGGAGGCCCUUCGAGCAUUCUCCGGCUCGCGGGGCAGGACGCCACUGAAGAAUACGAACCUAUCCACCCAGCAGGCACCCUGGAUGCCCAUCUUCCAAAAGAGAAGCACCUCGGGCCGGUAGAGUCCCCCGUCGCAGGCUCUGUAGCAGCAGGCCCGCCGAUGCCACUCGUAAAAGAAGGCGAAGUGCCGCCUCUCUCAACUUUGCAGAACGUCGAUGAAUUCGAGGCGGCGGCACGACAGGGGCUGUCAAAGAAGGCCUGGGUGUUCUACUCCUCCGCGACCGACAGCCUGGCAUCCCUUCAGCAGAAUCGCCUGGACUGGACAAGGAUAAGGCUUCGGCCUCGUGUGCUGCGCAACGUGGGUCGGGUUUCGAUGCGAUCGACCUUUAUGGGACACGACAGUGACCUGCCGUUCUUCAUUGCUCCUGCCGCUCAGGCUCGACAAGGGCAUCCCGAUGGCGAGCUUUGUCUUGCUCGAGGCGCAGCGCGCCACAACAUCCCCUACUGCACCAGCACCUACUCCUCCGUCGCGCAUAAAGAGCUCUCGGCCUGUCUGGCGGCUGAGAAGAAAGGCGGCGCUCUGACAUUUCAACUGUACGUUCCAGUCGCUAAGCCCAACGCCAGUUUUCUUAUUCGCGACGCCAUCAAGCUCGGUUUCAAGGCGUUAGUAUUGACCGUUGAUUCGCCGGUCAUUGGAAAACGGGAAGAAGACGAUCGGUACAAAGCCGAGCUGGAUCAUGCCGCUGGCAUCAACAUUCCACGCUCUCUCAGCACAGAGGACAAUGCUCCAAUCGUGCGAGGCGCACACUCAUCAACCCUGGAGUGGGACGACCUCUCGUGGAUUCGUGAGCAGUGGGGCAACACGGGACCCGUCAUCCUCAAGGGCAUUCAAACGGUGGAAGAUGCGGUCAUGGCUGCCGAAGCUGGGAUCGACGGUAUCUAUCUGAGCAACCACGGCGGACGCCAGAUGGACUAUGCUCCCAGCUCGAUCUCCACCCUUCUCGAAAUUCGCAAGUACCGGCCUGAUUUGUUGAAGAAGAUGGAAUUCUACCUGGACGGAGGAGUGUCGCGAGGUUCGGACGUCCUGAAAGCACUUGCGUUGGGUGCGCGAGCUGUUGGACUUGGACGACCGUUCCUGUACGCUCUGAGCGCCUAUGGCACAGAUGGCGUUUGCAAGUUGAUUGAACUCUUAAAUGACGAGAUCCAAACAACCAUGAGACUACUGGGUGUCACUGACCUGAGCCAGCUGAGUGAUUACUAUGUCAACACCACGGCGCUGGAAAACGAGCUGCCCUCGCGUGUAGACCUGCGCGAGCGCAGCAAAUUGUGAACAAUCCCGUGCCGGAGAGGCCGGAAAUAGCUCUACAUUAUAGCGAGUA